AUGGAGCCCAUCCUGGCACUGGACUACACCGAGCCCGUGGUGGGCAUUGAUCUGGGCACCAGCAAUUCGGUCGUGGCUGCUGUGGAAGCAGCUACGCCAGCCAUCAUACCGAAUGCAGAGGGCGAGCGCACAACACCAAGCGUGGUGGCCUAUGCUGAGGAUGGAGACAUCCUUGUGGGUACGACUGCCAAGCGCCAGGCCGCAUUGAAUCCCCUAAACACCUUCGCCUCUGUGAAGCGAUGGUUCGGGCGAGAAUACGCGGAGGUGGGAGAGGCGGCCGUGGCCCUCCCGUACCACCUCAAAGAUGCGGACGGGAAGGUGAGGCUGGGCUGCCCGGCUCUUGGUCGGGACCUUGCUCCGGAGGAGAUCUCCGCCCAUGUGCUCAGGAAGCUGCGCAACGAUGCGGAAGCCUUCCUAAACACCACGAUCAAGAAAGCAGUGAUCACCGUCCCAGCGUACUUUGAUGACUCCCAAAGACAAGCCACAAAGACAGCUGGAAAGCUGGCUGGCCUGGAUGUCAUGAGAAUUUGCAACGAGCCCACAAUGGCAGCCUUGGCGUAUGGUUUGGACCAGAAGAACUCGUCCUACCUUCUUGUUUUCGAUCUCGGCGGUGGCACCUUCGAUGUCUCCAUCAUGGAGGCUGGAGAUGGGAUAUGUGAGGUCUUGGCCACCAACGGAAACACAAACCUCGGUGGCGAUGACUUCGAUCAGCGGAUACUGCGAUGGCUGCUCCAGAACUUCGAGAAGGAAACAGGCCUGGAUCUCCAGAGUGACAAACAGGCUUUGCAGCGGCUUGCGGAAGCCAGCGAGAAGGCAAAGAUAGAGCUCUCGUCCCUGAAUGAGGUGCGGAUCUCUGUGCCCUUCAUUACAGCAGACGACUCGGGUCCAAAGCAUAUCGAGGAGGUCAUCACAAGAGAGAAGUUUGAGGACCUUUGUGGAGACCUGCUGGAAAGCCUGGAGGAGCCAGUUCAGCGAGCGUUGAAGGAUUCUCGUGUGAAGGCAAAGAAUCUGCACGAGGUAAUCCUCGUCGGGGGCUCGACGCGGAUUCCAGCCGUACAGAACUUGGCCAAGGAGCUCAGCUCCUUCAAGCCGAUGAACAUCUCCAUCAGCCCGGAUGAGGUGGUCGGCAUCGGUGCCGCCAUCCAAGCUGCCAUGAUUGCUGGUGAGGUCAAGGACAUCAUGCUGAUCGACGUAACACCCCUGACGCUGGGUGUGGAAACAGAUGGUGGGGUCUUCUCGCCCGUGAUGGAGCGCGGAACAGCCGUGCCCUGGAAGGCGACGAGGGUUUUCACAACCUCAGCAGAUGCACAAGAUGCCAUCGAGGUGGUAGUCUUGCAGGGAGAGCGUCCCCUAGCCAAAGACAACAAGAAGCUGGGCAUGUUCCGGCUGGAUGGAAUCCCUGCGGCUCCCAAAGGUGUCCCCAAGAUUGAAGUGUCCUUUGAUAUCGAUGUCGAGGGCAUCUUGACCGUGUCGGCCAAAGAUUGGGGCACACGCAAGCAUCGGAGCAUCAAGAUCGAGGACUCCUCCACUUUAAGCGAUGACGAGGUGCAGCGCAUCCUGGAUGAUGCUGAGGACAAGGAGCUGGCAGACGAGGAGGCCAAGUUCAGGCUGGAGUUGAGGUACUCGGCCGCCAACCUGCUUGAGCAGACGGAGCAAAAUCUGCUGGAAUUAGGCUACAAGGCUCCAGCGGAUGCGCGCAUGACCCUGCAGCCAAAGCUCGAUGCUGUGAAGGAAGCCUUGAAGGAUGAUGCGGAGUGCGACUACGUCUUGCUGAAAGACACGGUGGACGUGUUGCGUUUCGAGCUCAUGAAGCUGGGACUUCGUGUCUACGGCAAGCAGGUGGCUCCUGGCGGCACGCCUGGCCCAGCCCGGCCCCGCCGAGAGGGCGGUGUUGCAGGGGGUGGCUACAUCUUCCAGGAGGAGGAUCCAGACAUGCCCGGCAACGAGGCGGAAGAAGCCCGAAAGUGGGCAGAGAAGAGGAGGAAGGCAGCGGCAGCGGCAAGGCCGCAGCCUUUGGACGAGGACGACUGA